CCGUGGCACUUCUCAUACAAGUUUCCCAGCCAAAUUUGCACGCGUUUACUUGACCACCAUUGCCUAUAAAUUCCACGCGCCCCACUCCAAAAUCGUCGUCAGAUUACUUCCACGAUGGAGAACGUUGGGGUUCUGCGAGAGUGGUUCGGCCGAGUAGACUCCAACCACACCGGCAACAUCACCGCUCCUCAGCUUCAGAGAGCGCUGGCUGUUGGAAAUCUCGAUUUUCCUCUCUCCAUCGUUCAGCAGAUGAUCAGGAUGUACGACUUUGAUAGAAACGGGACCAUGAACUUUGAAGAAUUUCUCGCUCUUAACAAGUUUCUGCUCAAGGUUGACACUCAACCUGAAGUAUACCCCAAAUUCAUGCCAAAUGGGAAAAGGAAGGUUCAGAAUGUCUUCUCAGCGCUAGAAAGGGGCCGUGGAUUUCUCCCUCUUGAUGAUGUCUAUGCGGCACUAGUCAAACUCGGUUUCUCCCUUGACUCACCUGCCUUUUAUACAGUCUGUGAGAGCUUUGACAAGAACAAGAUGGGAAUGGUUCGGUUGGACGAGUUCAUUUCACUUUGUAUUUUUGUACAGUCAGCUUGCAAUUUGUUCAAUUCUUUCGAUACACCUAAGCAGGGAAGAGUGACAUUGGAUUUCAACCAGUUUGUUUACUGCAUAAUACACAACUAUCAUCCCUAGAAUCAUCGGCGAACUGCAGGAUAUAGAAACUGCUGAUUGUCUUUGGCUCAGCAUCUGGCUGUGUUUUAAUACUGCAAACUCUCUUGUACACUAAUCUUGUAUUGUGUGCCGUUCUUAUUGUCAUGUUAAAUUGUUUACUGUACAGUUUAGAUAUAUCUACAUUGUUGUAAAACCCCUGAUAAUGCUUCAUCUGUUACAUUUGCAAAGUUGCUGAGUUAUGUAAACACUGUGCGGUUACGAUACAUGGGCGUAAAGAGUAGGCUUUGCGCAUACCACGCAAUUCAAUGAUCUUAGCUGCCAAACCAAACUAUAAAACAUUUGAUAUAAACGUCUAAAA